AAAAAGCGUGGCCUCUCCCGAGCCAUUUAAAAGUAUCAAGAGUCCUGUGUUUAUUUCAAAUGUGAAGUUUGUACGAAGGUUUUAAAGUCGCUUUAAACUCCACUCGUCCUCUCGACUGUCGACUCCUUUUUAAGGUUCGGAGAAAUAAUACAAACACAAAGUAGGAACUAUGGGAUCCAGUGAGAGCAAGAUGACCGUGUGCGCUGCGGACAAACCUGAAGCACCCAUCAAAAACACCCAGGUUGCCCAUUUGGUGGAUCCACGUUCUCCAUCUGUGGCUAUUGAUCGCACUCCCAUUCAGGUCGGUGGGCUCAAGGUGACAAAUGAACAGUGUCCUUUGGGUUUGAGUGACCCUCGCUCUCCCACUGUGGGCAUUAUUCGCACGCCCGUGAGAGAAGUCAUGAGAGCCAAGGUGGGCUCCUUCGCUCGUCGCCUGGGCAUGCUCUUCCACAUGGAGGCUGAAGGCAAAAUCCCCCAACACGGUUCCAGCAACACUGUCCAGGAAGAGAAGGAAGUCCACAAGAGCCAGGAGCUGGAUUCCACCAAGCCUCUUCUCAGUCCGCCAAGACCACGCACCUUUGGUUCCUUGGCGGAGCAUGCCAACUUCCUUGCCACGCCCACUCACAACAUGGGCGCCUCGAGCCCCUUUGUUCUACUGGAGGAGCCCCAAGUGGAGGUGGAGAUCGAAGCCGAUGUGAGCCUGGAGGAGGCGGAGGAAGCCCGGGAGUCUCCACUGCACAAGAGGCUCAGCAUGAGUCUCAUCGCCUACCACGAGGGCGCCACUGCCUCCCAGGUCUUUGCCGAGGUGCACCACGAGACCUCCACUUCGUCGCAUCACGUGGAAGAGUCUGUCACUCAGGGGGUGGACCACCUCUACGCCCUCCCUACUGUCACAUUUGACGACUCCCCAGACUUCGGAACUCCUGCGGAACACGCCGAGGAAUCUCCCGAGGCACCUAGCCUCGAGCCAAAGCACCAGCAACCUUCUGUGGGUGUCCACCGACUCACCUUUGACCCCAGGAGCCCAAGUCAGCUGGUGUUCAAACCUCAGUGGCUGGGCAAAGGGUUUGGGGCCACGGGGCUGAGAGCCAGAACGGUGCAGAGCGGGAAAGGAGGAUCCUCUCCUCUCGCCGUGUCGGUCUCUGUGAAGAAUGUCAACAAUGAAAACAAGGGACACUCUGGAAAACCAAAGCAGAAAGGUACAGAGGGCCGCUCCCCACUGCAGAUCCUCAAAGAGACCAACUCUCCAAGAGGGCGUCCUCAGAUGAAGCUGAAGGUUUCGUCCACUCCAGAGAAGCUGCGGCCCGCACAGAUUGACCGCAGAGUUCUAGCCGUGUCUCUGGACAAAGAGAAUCGAUGAUACCCACAUUAUUUGUACAGCUUUGUAAGAUCCCUCCAUUUUUUUUUUUUUUUUAAAUCUCAAAAUUUUUAUAUGUAGUUUCUAAGGAACUGACUUUUUUUCCCUGUUUGCUUUUACUGUCAAAUUGCAAUGCAACUUUCUUUACCUUGUUUUGUCCUUCUGUAAAUAUAAAUAAACGUGUUUGUUAACUAAAAGAAA